AUGCGCCUAAAUGCACAUGCAAACAUCUUUCUUCUUUUUGAUGCUUUCCUGUUGUACAUAUUCCCAGCAGGGAGCUUUGAAAUUGCAGAAAAAGAGGACAUUUUCAAGGUAGUUCCUUGUCCCGCUUUCAUUAUUUUCGACAUAGCUGCAUUUCUUGAAGGUAUGACCGUUGAACUUCCAUGUCAUUGUAAACCAGAGCAAAUAGACUCCGUGGUGUGGUACUACCAGAAGGAAAUUGGGGAUAAAUCGACUCGUGUGCUUACAGACUUUGGUGGAACAAUUGUGACUGAUAGUGAAAACAUUCACAGUGGAAUAGAUCUCCUCCUCAGGUUCAGUAUAAGAAUGUUUAGUCUAAUUGUCUUCCAGUCUCAACCUGAUGACUCGGGUUAUUAUAUAUGUGGCACUCGGGAAGGUCAAUACUUUUAUGGGUAUAAUAUGGACAUCCAGAAAGUCAGUGGCAUGUUCGUUGCAUUUGAAGAUCAGCAAGGUCACCCACAAAAUAAUCUGGUGAUGAAAGAUUUUGAAAUUUUUACCUUGUUUUGGGAUUGGACCAUUUGUGACCGCUGUAAUGUAAGAGGAGAGCAAAGAAGAGUGGGUCUGUGCUAUAUCCAAAGUAAAUAUCUUUAUCCAAGAUACCGUAUUACAGCCGAAAAUGUGGCUGCCUGUGGCUCUGGAGCAGUAGACUCAAGAUUCAGGAUGUAUGUAGCGGAUCGGAAACCAGAGUUAGCAAUUAGGAGCUGUAAUGCCCCUUGCUACGUUAGAAAAAAAGGUUUUAUGGGUGCUCUUCAACAUAUGUGGCACCUCACUGCUACUGUAACGAAAUUCCUGUUACGGCUUGGUAAGGUGCCCCUUCAGGUGCACAUACAUGCUCUGGGAAGCAAUCUUGCCCUUGCAUGUCCUGGAGCUAAACCGCACUUUGCUGUUGCUUGGGACAAGGGUAAGAAUAGGAUGUACCUUACAAAGUACCUUCUUGGAAAUAAUGCCUCCAUGAGAAUCUUCAUUGACUUUGGAAACCAUCUAAAUAUUCACUAUGUACAAAGAAAUGACGAGGCAACAUACACCUGCUGGCUCCAAGGGCGGCGAAAGGCUAGAUUCCGCCUGGUUGUGGAAACAGACUUAAAUCGAAAACGCAAAUUAACGGAUGUGGAAUCUAUUUUUGCCAUGAAGAUCAUUGGCUAUAGCAUCCUUUGUUUCACCAUCAUUUUCAUAUUAGCCAAUUGCUUAAAGGUUUGUAGCUACAAUUUUAGAAUCAUUCCAUUUCUGAACUGA